AUGAUCAUUCUGCAGCGAUGUGCUUUGAAGGGACUUCUGCAGCGGUUUUAUUUUGGAACUCAAACCGCUUACAGUUCGGUUUCUGCGUUUCCCUCUGCGCUGCUGGAUGGACACAGGAGCAAAUCAACUGUUCCAGAUGUGGCAGAGCGGACUCUCAUCGCUGUGAAGCCAGAUGGAGUUCAGCGCCGUCUUGUGGGACAAAUAAUUCAACGCUUUGAGAGGCGUGGCUUUAAGCUGGUCGGCCUGAAAAUGCUGAAGGUGUCCGAGGAGCUCUUGUCUCAGCAUUAUUCUCACUUGAAGAUGAAAUCCUUCUUUCCUUCUGUGCUGCAGUACAUGACCUCAGCACCCGUGGUUGUCAUGGUGUGGGAAGGGUACAAUGUUGUUCAGACAUGUCGUGCUAUGGUUGGCCAUACGAACCCAGCUGAGGCUCAAGCAGGCACAGUCAGAGGAGAUUUCGGAAUCCACGUCAGCAGGAAUGUGGUCCAUGCCAGUGAUUCACUAGAGGGAGCACAAAAGGAGAUCCAGCUGUGGUUUCAGGGACAAGAGCUCCUUAACUGGGAAUCCUUUGACCACAACAUCACCAUUGGGGAAGAGUGAAGGAGAGCUUAAGAGAAGACCACAGCGAGAAUCAGCAAUUCUACCUCUUUUUCCGCUGCUUGAAGGUCUGUGUCUGUGGAGUGACCACAGU